AUGGCGUCCCUCCUCGCAUCGCCAGCCACACUGGCUGGUCCUCGAACCGCAGCGUUCGCCAAGGAGCAUCUUCCCCAUCUCCCCAACAGGCUAGCAGCCCGAUUGCCUUCCCCUCGCCUCCUCUCAUUUCUGAGACCGGUAGCGGCUCAGGGAGGCAAUGCAGGAGAGGGUGGGCCAUUGAGUUCGUCCAUAUCGCCUCUUGCAGGAAGCAUGGGUCUUACCAGUGGCAGCAACAGCAGCAGCAGCAGCAGCAGCAGCAAGCGUUCGUCGACAGUAGCCCAGGCAACACAGCAACAGAAAUCGUCUGGCUCUGCUGCGGCAGUGGAAGACAGCAAGAUUGACAUUGGCGACUUUUUCAAGGGCGAUUUACCCAAGAAAUUCCUCAUGCUCCUGGGUCUGCUCGCGCUAUCCCGCGUGGGAAUCUACAUUCCUCUAUGGGGCGUCGAUAUCUCCGCCUUCCAGGAGCAACUGGGGGAGGGCUCAUUUCUAGCUACCCUAGACACGCUCUCAGGGGGCGGGAUCGGACGGCUGGGAUUGUUUUCGCUGGGCAUCGUGCCGUAUAUCAACGCUCAGAUCGUGUUCCAGCUGCUGGGGACGCUGUACCCUAAGAUUGGGGACCUGCAGAAGAAGGAGGGGGAGGCGGGGAGGAAGAAAGCGCAGCAGUACAUGAAGUAUAUGGCUGUGGCGUUCGGUGCCCUGCAGGCUAUCGGACAGGUGGCAUAUCUACAGCAGUACGCCUACGACCCGUCGGUCGCCUGGGCAGUCUCCGCCGUCUCGGGCCUCACUUUGGGAUCCGUGGCAGUCAUCCUGCUGGGAGACAAGAUCACUGAUCUCAAGCUCGGCAACGGCACCUCUCUGCUCAUCUUCACCAAUAUCGUUUCCUACCUGCCGGCGUCCAUUGGGAGGACGAUCACAGAGGCUUCUGAACAAGGGAAUGUGACCGGAGAGGCGCUGCUGCUCGCGUCCUUCCUGCUGCUCGUGUUCGGCAUCGUCUACGUGCAGGAGGCAGAGCGGCGUAUUCCAAUCAACUAUGCGUCUCGGUACAACAUCAAGACGCGGAAUGCGUACCUGCCAUUCAAGGUCAACUCAACGGGAGUCAUGCCAAUUAUCUUCUCUUCCUCGCUCCUCGCUGCUCCCUACUCCAUCGCUCGCUUUACCGGAAGUGCUGCUUUCCAGUCCGCUGCUACAGCUCUCUACCCUGGAGGUUUCUUCUACCUCCCCGCCAACGUGGCACUCAUUGCCUUCUUCAACUACUUCUACACCUUCCUGCAACUCGACCCUGCUGAUGUCAGCGACCAGCUCAAGAGGCAGGGUGCGUCCGUUACCCAACACGAGGCCCGGCAAAGCAACAGCCGCACUCAUCACCAAG